CUUUCUAUUGUUUAAACAAAUAAAUACUUAGUACCUAUAUGAGUAGUAUUUUUAAUUUCUUUAUAUUAGAAAAGUGAAAUUUAUUGUACUGAUUUUAAUACCAUAAGCAUUCUAACUCAUUAAAAGGAAUAUUUGGAGAAAUCUGGGUCGGUAGGUUGUUUAAUUAUUCUUUGUUGUGACAAAAUAAAAAAUAAUAUACCUACAAGUUAAUAAUAAAUUAUAAAAAUAAGAAAACGAUGGGGAUCAAAUUUUUACUGAUUCUAUUCCAAAAAUAAUAAAAUCAUAUACAAUGGCAAAUACUAAUCAAAUGGAAGUUACUGUUAUUACUUGGGGUGCUACAAUUAUAUCUUUAAAAUGUCCAGAUAAAUAUGGACAUUCUGCUGAUGUUGUUCUUGGAUUUGAUGAUUUGAAAGGAUACAUGAACCCUAUGACAAAUCCAUUUAUUGGAUGUAUAUUAGGCAGAUGUGCAAAUCGUAUUAAAUAUGGUCAUAUUACUAUCAAAGGCAGAGAUUAUGAAUUAACAAAAAAUGAUUUUAAUGGAAAACAUCAUUUGCAUGGAGGAGUAAAUGGUUUUGGCCGCAAAGUAUGGGAUUCAUACAUUGCUGGAUGUUCAGUUGUCAUGAGCUAUUUAAGUCAAGAUGGAGAGGAAGGGUACCCAGGCGCAGUAUUAACUACAAUAAGAUUCAAAUUAACUGCAGAUAAUAAGUUAGAAAUGUGUAUGCGAGCAACAACUUCUAAACCGACGAUAGUGAACUUAUCGCAUGGUUCUGUGUUUAAUUUAGCUGGACAUGAUGCUGGAGAAGUAGAGCUAAAAAAACAUAAAAUAUUAUUAAACUGUGAUCGAUGGACAUUUGCGGACUACACAGAUCCAGUUCCAACAGGUGCAAUACGUGGUGUAGGUGGAACAGUCAUGGACUUUCGAAUACCCAGGGUUUUAGGAGAAUAUAUGGAAAAGGUACCAUUUGGAGAAGGCUAUGAUCACAAUUUUUGCAUUACAAAAAAUGGACAAUCUGGAAGUUCAUUUGUUGCAAAAGCUUGGCAUGUAAAAAGUGGACGGUACUCCAUCCUAGAAAUCUACUCUGAUCAGUGUGGAGUACAAUUUUAUACCGGAGGCCGUCUACCACCUCAGAUUAUUCCAAAAUUUUCUACUAAUUAUGAUUUAUUACAAACAGAUAAUAAUGUAGAAGAAAACAAUGAAAGUUAUAGUAGCGAUGCUGAACAUAGCGGAGAAGAAAUGCACAUUGAAAAACCAUGGGGAAGAAUAAUAUCUGAACCUAAAGGAUUGGAAUUUCUCUUGGGAAAACAAGGAGCACGCUAUAAAAAGUAUUGUGGUUUUAGUAUUCAGCCACAAAAUUACCCAAACGCAAUACAUUACUCACAUUUUCCGUGUUCCAUAUUAUACCCUGGGCAAAUUUAUUGUCACGAUCUAACAUACAAGUUUGAAAUACAACUUGCAAAUUAUAUGUAGUAUGAUUAGAACUUUGUACUUAUAAUUUACGAAUUUUAAUAUUAUGUGUUAUUAUGUAAUCUGAUACGUUAGUAUUAUCAAAAAACUUGGCUACACUGCCAAUCAUACUACCAAAAGUGUUAUGAAUUAUUACUGUACGUUGAAUCCAAUGUGGGAGUGCUUUUGUUUUUUGACAAUAGCGUUUAUCAAACAAUAUUACUGUUGAGUA